UACUCAUUCACAACCUUACUCACAAAAAACCAUCAUAGCACUCUUUGUGCAAACUUCAGAUCCAAGAUAGUCUUUUUGUUUCAUCGACUUUCACUAAAAAAAUUACUACAAAAUGUCAAUGUCAUCGGAGGAGGAAAAUCACCGGAAAAACGUAGAGGACAAGGCUGAGAUGGGGAGGAGAAAGAGGGCAAUUUGGGAAAGAAAGUGGAGGAGACUGGACAUUGUGAAAGCUUUUGCUUCUUUCUUUGUGCAUUUCCUCUGCCUCUUAGCUCCUUUCAAUUUCACUUGGCCAGCUUUACGGGUUGCACUCGUUGUCUAUACGGUGGGUGGGCUCGGUAUUACCGUCUCUUACCACCGUAACUUGGCUCACCGGAGCUUCAAAGUCCCUAAAUGGCUCGAGUAUUUGUUUGCUUAUUGUGGCCUCCUUGCCAUUCAGGGAGAUCCGAUUGAUUGGGUGAGCACACAUCGAUACCAUCACCAGUUCACAGACUCGGAUAGGGACCCACAUAGUCCAAGGGAAGGGUUCUGGUUCAGCCAUCUCCUAUGGCUAUUUGAUACUGGUUAUCUUGUAGAGAAGUGUGGGAGAAGGACAAAUGUGGAAGACUUAAAGAGGCAGUGGUAUUAUAAAUUUCUUCAAAGAACGGUCAUGUACCACAUUUUAGCAUUUGGUUUCCUCCUCUAUUACUGUGGUGGUUUAUCUUUUCUUACUUGGGGAAUGGGUAUUGGGGUAGCAAUGGAGCAUCAUGUAACUUGCUGCAUCAACUCUCUUUGCCAUAUUUGGGGAAGCCGAACCUGGAAGACAAAUGACACUUCUCGUAACGUUUGGUGGCUGUCUGUAUUCUCAUUUGGAGAGAGCUGGCACAACAAUCACCACGCGUUCGAGUCAUCCGCGAGACAAGGCUUGGAAUGGUGGCAAAUCGACAUAUCUUGGUACAUCGUCCGCUUCCUCGAGAUUAUCGGUUUGGCUACUGACGUUAAGCUCCCUUCAGAGAGUCAACGACGGCGUAUGGCUUUGGUUCGUUGAAAAUGGAGGAUAUUAGCUCGAUUUCUCGUCUCCGUUAAGUUUACGUUAAUGUCUACGUACGCUUAAAGUUUUCGGUAAACGUAACACUUGUAAUAUCAUUGUGCUAUGCGGUGUUUUUCGCUGUCAUGUCGUGUGUGGUAUUGGAAACGAACAUGCUAUAAGAUUAAAGUUGCAAACUA